AUGGACAACAUCUUCUCCAGCGAUGAUGCCCGCUUUGGCGCUCUUGGCAUCCCGCCCUUCUUCAACGUACCGGCACUGCCAACCAUUGUGGCCGAAUGGGCCGCCAUCCUCCCCCUAGUCUCUCACCUCGCUAGCUAUCGUGAUGAUUACGCCAUCGCUGGCAGGGUCGCCCUCAAGGGAAAAGUCGCGAUUAGCGUCUUUCCGAAACUCGGCACUCUGUCUGGCCUCUCCCGUCUGUUGCGGAACCCCCGCAAAUUCCUCGACCACGCGAGCGCGCGUGGGGGGACGAGCCGCAGCGUCUGGGAUGUCCGAUACGGCAGCUCGUUUCCUUGCAGCAACGGCGCUGCCAUCGAUCUGCUCAUCGACUAUCUCCAGUCGCGCAGGCCGCCCAAAACCAUCAAGAUGCCAGAGAAAAUGGACGAUGACCCGGCCAUCACGGGGCUUCAUACCAAGGAAAAGGCCGAUGCUCGCCACUUCCGCCGUUACCAGACCCUACGCGUCUUGAGCUGCAUCCGCGGUCCGCGUCCGGCCCCCCGGUUGCUACCCAAGUAUUCCACAACUAUCAUAUAUCUGCUCUAUGCAAUUUGCGCGCUUGGUUGUACUGCCGUCCUCGCUCUCAGCGGGGCAUACGGCACCACAGCUGUGCUCUUGUGUGCGACGUUCUCCAACAUCGCCGCAAGUUUAAUCGUAACCGUCGCUCGCCCCCCCGGAUACCUAGAGCACCACAAUCCCGGGCCCACGGGGUUCAUGCUUGCCGCUCCAAACCACAACGCGCUCGAGUGGGACCUUUUUAUCGGUGAUCGCGGCGUUGUUGACUCCCUUAUGAACAAGAGCCUAUUCUGGAUCCCCCAGACCCGCGGGACAACCUGGUUCGGACGCUGGCUGCAGAUCGGCGACACGCUGCAGCUGGCUGCCAUGACAUUCACGGCGGCCCAGAAGGGAUGGGAUGGCGUGUGCAUGGCGGGCUUGCUCUUUGUCACUUGGAUCAUCGAGGUUUACAACGGUCGCGACACAAACCUCGUGCAUGAUUGGUUGCGUCAGGAGAGCGUUGUCGUCGAGAUGAAAGAGUUUGAAUUUAGCGGGCGGUUCAACAUGUUGGGGACCAUCCAGCUCCUGACCAAGACCGAGGUAACUUCGUGGAUGGAUGACAUUUUGGCACCGCACCCGAGAAGGGAGGCGUGGCUAAGACGACUUAUUCACAAUGAGAAGCCUGACCCGGAAAUAUGGAAUCCUAGCGAUAUUGAGAGGAUCGAAGUCGGUGCUGGUCUGUGUGCGAAGAUGGCAGGAAUCAUUCAGCGCGAGUUUGCGCCAACCCCUGGGGUUUAA